AGGCGCGUUCUGUCCGGAGCCGGCAGAAUGCAGAGCUGUUCGUGCCAGCAGCACAGAGAACCUCGACUAGCCACAGCGCAGCGUUACCAUGAACGGCUCCAUCCCGCCGACAGAUACCCAUCCCAACUAUUUCACUUUCACGACCAGCUCUAGAACAGCCUGCGACCCGGAUCAACACUGCCUGACCGCAGAAUGCACGGGGGAAAGAGAGGGCUGGUGGCACCGCAGAACACUUUUUUGGAAAAUAUUGUCAGGCGGUCUAGUGAAACCAGCUUUCUCCUGGGCAAUGCGCAGAUUGUGGAGUGGCCUGUAGUGUACAGUAAUGACGGAUUCUGUAAGCUCUCUGGGUACCACAGGGCCGAAGUCAUGCAGAAGAGCAGCACUUGCAGUUUUAUGUACGGCGAGCUUACUGACAAGAAGACAAUAGAUAAGGUCAGGCGGACCUUUGAUAACUAUGAGUCCAAUUGCUUCGAAGUGCUGCUGUACAAGAAGAACAGGACUCCCAUCUGGCUGUACAUGCAGAUAGCGCCCAUCCGGAAUGAGAACGACAAGGUCGUCCUGUUCCUCUGCACCUUCAAGGACAUCACAGUCUUCAAGCAGCCCAUUGAGGAUGAGACCACCAAGGGAUGGACCAAGUUUGCGCGGCUGACGCGGGCACUGACCAACAGCCGCGGCACCCUACAGCAGCUCACGCCCAUGAACAGGGCGGAGGUCUGCCACAAGCCCUCACGCCUGGCCGAGGCUCUUCAGCUGGGCUCAGACAUCCUGCCCCAGUACAAGCAGGAGGCGCCCAAGACGCCCCCCCACAUCAUUCUGCACUACUGCGCCUUCAAGACCACCUGGGACUGGAUCAUCCUCAUCCUCACCUUCUACACGGCCAUCAUGGUGCCCUACAACGUGUCUUUCAAGACCAGGCAGAACAGCAUCGCCUGGCUGGUGGUAGACAGCGUGGUGGACGUCAUCUUCCUGGUGGACAUCGUACUCAACUUCCACACCACCUUCGUUGGGCCGGGAGGCGAGGUCAUCUCCGACCCCAAGCUGAUCCGCAUGAACUACCUGAAGACCUGGUUCGUCAUUGACCUGCUGUCCUGCCUGCCCUAUGACAUCAUCAAUGCCUUUGAGAAUGUGGACGAGGACUCCAUCUCGGACACCUUGUCUGUCGGGCAUCUGCGUGAGACAGCUAACUCCCCGAGAAACACCACCCGAUCGGAGGACUCAGUGCUCCCGGGUCUCAGCAGCCUCUUCAGCUCUCUGAAAGUGGUGCGGCUGUUGCGUCUGGGUCGGGUCGCCCGCAAGCUGGACCACUACCUGGAGUACGGCGCGGCGGUCCUGGUGCUGCUGGUGUGUGUUUUCGGCCUGGUGGCCCACUGGAUGGCCUGCAUCUGGUACAGCAUCGGAGACUACGAGGUCAUCGACGAGGCCACCAACACCCUCAAGACCGACAGCUGGCUCUACCAGCUGGCCGCCAGCAUCGGGGCGCCCUACCGCUACAACGCUAACGGCUCCGGCCAUUGGGAGGGGGGCCCCAGCAAGGACACUCUCUACAUCUCCUCCCUCUACUUCACCAUGACCAGCCUUACAACCAUCGGCUUUGGCAACAUUGCGCCCACCACUGACGGCGAGAAGAUCUUCUCCGUGGCGAUGAUGAUGGUCGGCUCGCUCCUGUAUGCAACCAUCUUCGGGAAUGUCACCACCAUCUUCCAGCAGAUGUACACCAACACCAACCGCUACCAUGAGAUGCUCAACAAUGUGCGGGACUUCCUCAAGCUCUACCAGGUCCCCAAGGGCUUGAGUGAGAGAGUGAUGGAUUAUAUUGUGUCCACUUGGGCCAUGUCCAAAGGCAUCGACACUGAGAGGGUGCUGUCCUUCUGUCCCAAAGACAUGCGGGCAGACAUCUGCGUCCACCUGAACCGCCAGGUGUUUAACGAGCACCCCGCCUUCCGGCUGGCCAGCGACGGCUGCCUGCGCUCACUGGCGGUGGAGUUCCAGACCAUCCACUGCGCCCCCGGCGACCUCGUCUUCCACGCCGGCGAGAGUGUGGACACCCUGUGCUUUGUGGUAUCGGGGUCACUGGAGGUCAUCCAGGACGAUGAAGUCACCGCCAUUCUGGGAAAGGGGGACGUCUUUGGAGAUGUCUUCUGGAAGGAGACGACCUUGGCGCACUCAUGUGCCAACGUGCGUGCGCUCACCUACUGCGACCUGCACAUCAUCAAGAGGGAGGCACUGCUGAAGGUGCUGGAGUUCUACACGGCCUUCGCCAACUCCUUUUCCCGCAACCUCAUCCUCACCUGCAGCCUGCGCAAACGGAUCGUCUUCCGGAAGAUUGCGGACGUGAAGAAGGAGGAGGAGGAGCGCCGUCAACAUAAGGACGAGGUGACGCUCUCCAUUCCGGUGGACCAUCCCGUCCGGAAGCUCUUCCAGAAGUUCAAGCAGCAGAAGGAGAUACGGACCCAGGGCCCCGCCCCCUCCAGUCGAUGCCAGAUGCGGUCGGAGCUCCACCACCUCCAGCUCCACCCGUGCUCGCUCCAGCCCAUGCAGAACGGCACGCCCGGCAACGGCGGCAGCAGCAGCGUGGUCACCGUCUCCCAGAACACGCCCAUCCAUAACUCGCUGGCCUACGUGCACACGGGCGAGAGCGCGGAGAGGCCCGCCCAGGACGCGAUGGAGCUCAAGCCCAGCACGGGCGGCAGAGACCCGAACUGCCUACGGGUCCACAGCCCGUCCCGACUCCGGCCCAGUCCCGGCCACAGCUGGGCCCGGCUCCAGGACGACGCCGCGGCCGGCGCCGCCGAAGAGACCAAGGAGGAGUGGGUGGACGUGUCGCAGGUGGAGUGCGUGGAGCUGCUCUCGGAUGACAGCAAGAGCCAGGAGGAGGGGAUCGGGGGCGGAGUCGGGGGCGGGGUGGAGGGCGGGGACGAGGAGAGCCUCCUGCACAAGACAGACUCCUGCGACAGCGGCAUAACCAAAAGCGACCUGCGGAUCGACGCGGCGGGCGAGGCGCGCAGCCCCCUGGGGGACCCCGGGGCCGCCCCGGCGGGGCCGCGCCCGCCCGCCCUCCACCCCGGCCUGGAGCAGGCGCUCCACGCCACCCUGCAGGACGCCAAGCUGGAGCUCAGGGCCGACAUCCAGACGCUGGGCGGGCGCAUGGCCGCCCUGGAGGCGCAGGUGGCCGAGAUCCUCCGGCUGCUCUCCGAGAAGAGGGCCCCGACCGAGGGCCAGGACCCGCCCCAGACCUCCACGCCCAAAACCAAAACCACGCGGCAGGACAUCUUCACCGUCUCCCGGCCCGUCACGCCCGAGUCCGAGAGACGCGGCGCAGAGCAGCUCUGAAGCCGGGACUCUUCCUUUUGGGUAUCCAUCCCUUUUCUUUCUUCCUUUCUUUAUAUCCUUCAUGUUUCCUUUCUUCUCCCACAGGACAAGACAAGGAAACGAGAAAAAAAAAAAAGUUUGCGAAAAGACACUGUAUGUUUUUUUUUCCUUGUAAGAUAUCUACCUGCAUGUCCAGCUGGAUUCUGGCCUGCCAAAGAAAUCUACUGACCAUAGUGUUUGCUUGUACAUUAUGCAGUUGACUGCAUGCAAAAAAAUGAUAAUAAUUUUCGAAAGAUUAUUUAUAGAUCUGCACAAUGUUAUCUCUAGGGAUUUGUAUUAUUCUAUUCAUAAAAUUCAGGUUUUGAGCAGGGGCGGUUUCACAGUGCCAGUCUCUUGUGAAUCUUCAGCUUAGCAAGUGCCCUUCCAUGCACUACAAAGAAGAGUAAAGUUAGGAGGGUGCAGGUGUUUCUCUGAACCCAGCUGCAGUGCUGAAACAGAGAGAUUUUCUGAGAUCACACCAUCCUAGUGUAGCAUGCCUGUGAGGAGAAGGAGCUCUCCAUGAACCCUGGCACUGGUGGUCUACAGCAGUCUGAGGGCAUUGAUGAUAGAGCCGAUGUUUACCGAUGUUUACUUUUCCAGGGCCUUUAGUUAAGUGCCACCCCCCUCUAAUGAGAUAUACAAUACAAAUCAUUAGUCUUUAUGGGGAAGUUGCCAGAUUUUACUUCAGAGCAGUUUUAUCACCGCUCUGUGGCAGAAGGCGCAUCCUUAUAAAAAUCCUCUCUUUUUGUGGGGUUUUUUUUUUUUGUGGAGAAGCAGCUUGGACUGUCAAGGUUUGGCCAUUGGGGAGAGCUUCACCAGAGGUGCACAGCCCUGCAUGAACACAGUUUCAGGGUACUGGUUUUCAGGGGACUCUCUAGCUUAAUGUGGCAUCAUGCUCGGUGCAUGCUAUGAAAGUGUUCCAUAUGUGUGAAGCUAAAUAAGAAAACAAUGUUUUGCUGUAACACUGCUGUUCACUUUAAGGGAGGGGGGGGGGGGAGUUUCUGAGUGUGACACCAGUGCUCUGUAACCAGUGAAUUCAUUCAUCACCUUUCAGUAAAUGGGAUCAAUUUUUUACCGGGGUCAAAAGAAUAGCGGUUAUAAUAUAAAGUACUAUGCCCAUGUAGCGAAUUUUGAUCUAGCAAUGCUGUAUUUUUCUCAAAAGUAAAAGGGGUUCUGACUUCACUUCAGAUUCUUUCAUAUAAGAUCAGUGUAAAUUUAAAUUUGAUUUCCCUGGCCUUUGGGUAAUACGUUGACAUAAAGGCCAAACAUCUGAGCAACGAUGGGCGUGUUCCUGGUGACGGAGAAAGGGUCAGAAAUGAAUGGGGUUCCAGCAAUGAAGAAAAUUAAAUUAACUAUGUAUCAAUCAUUUCUCCCAGUAGGAAAAUAGUUGGCAUCUUCCAUUUCAAUUCACAAAUUUCAAUUGUAAUUCACUUCAUGAACUGAAAAAUUCCAACAAUGUUCUAUAGGUGACCCUAAAUUUGCUAGACUGAAUGAAAGUGCAAGUAAUCGUAUAUUUUAUAUUUAGAAUUAGAUGACUAGUGUUAAAUGAUUUUGUGUCUUUAUGGUGAUAAGCACUGAGUCCUCCAAUUAGUCUCCGCCCCAUUCACCCCACCCCACCCAAAGGAGAAAGUGGAAGUGGAAGCAUGCCAGGCUGCGUGUGUGUGUGUGUGUGUGUGUGUGUGUGGGGUGGGGGGGCAAUGACCUGAAACAGGAAAUGGGAAAUGUCUGGAAUGCUGACAUACUUGAUUGGCUGUUCAGGAGGAAUUUGGAAGUACCUCAAUAGCUGUUGUUUCUUGAUUAUGGGACUCAAUCCAUGCCAUUGCAAACUAUGCAACCCCUUCAUUUUUCACUGAGUAAUCUGUUGAUGAAGUGGUGCAUUAUGGGUGAAUUAUUCCACUUGUCUUGUUGAACUGAACUUUUGAGUUCACAAGCAGACCAAUCAGAUUGUCAGAUAUAAUGUACAAAUAGUGUGCCGUAUCACCGUUUACAUUUCAUAUACUUCAUGUUUUGUAUUGUUAGUGCACGGAGAACCAGGGUGGUGGCUCCCGGUGCAAUAACUGAUAAUGCUCCCACUGGACAAGUAGAGAAAUAAAAGUCAUUCACAUAUUAACAUGUUUUUUCCCCCUGGAUUUGCAGCCUUUAUCCUGGCCUCCACAACAAAAUCAAUGUGGAAAUCGCCUUGAGAGUUGCUCUGAGAGAACCUGGUGUAAAAUAUUUCUUUGCACGAACCAGGCAUCCGUAAAUCAAUUUUCAUAAGUUAGGAACCUGAUUUCUGAUUGGUUACAGUAUGUCCAACUGAACAGUUUCCCUGGGGUUCAUUGGCAAAUACCUAUAAUAAAUAUUUCAGGAAGCUUCAAA